AUGUGGACACACAUCAAUGACAAAAAGGACAAAAAGCGGCCAGCACCGCCAGAGUUUGAUCUGGACGACCACGGAGACGGUCCUGUCUCAAACGUCGAUGCAACCAGGUCCAAGAAACGAAAAUUGGCAUCUCCUUCCAACAGCGGCAAGGAAACCGCCGGUACUGGCGAGACGGUAAUGUCUCCAACCACAAGCGCUACCAAUACUAUAGAUAAAGAAAGUCCCGAAUCAUCGAAAAAUGACAGCCAGGCACCAGAAACAACUCGUACUGUCACUCGAGAAGACGUACUCGCAGCCGCCUUCAAGCUGGCUUCAAAAGAUUCUCCACCACCUGACGUGUCCGAUGAAGAGUCCGAAGAAGACCACUACAUGCUCGGUCCACCAUCUACGCGUCCCAAGAAAAGAGCUCGUAGCGCUAAGGGCAAGUCCAAAGCACAAGGUAGUACAUUAACAGCAACAAAGAAAUCAGGACAAGACUUAAACAAACAGCUUAGCACAUCACCCACCAAGACGAGAAGUCACGCCCCAAGCUCAACAAGGAGCCUCUCGACCACCGCGAGCACAACAAUAACACCAUCCCUCACCCAAAAUAAUACCGGCUCAUCCUCCAUCACACUACCUCCAUCCCUAAUCGGUCGAAGAAUGACAAUCCUCACCUACCCACCAUCCAGUAAACAAAAACUCUUCUCUAACCACCCACCUCCCGACGCCCCUUUCCCCGCAGACUUUACCCCCACCGAACUCUGCCAAUACUAUCCAAACCAUCUCAUAGCUGAGAACCUACACCAUUUUAUCCAGCACCAAUGGUCAGCGAGCGAUAUCAUGAGUUUGUUGCCUUCGCAGGAUAAUGUAGCUGAAGAAGAUAGAAUCUCGCAGGUUGCAAUUAAUUCGAGGCUUAAGAAGAUGAAGGCGAAGUUGAAAAAGGAGGGACGUUUGGAUAGGUUAUUGGAGGACGAUGAGAAAGAGCAUGACGAGGGGACGAUGGGUGAGGUAGAGGAGCAGGACGUGGAUGAGGAUGAGGACGAGGAACAGGAGGAGACCCUUGCGGUGGCAGAAAAUGAAGAAGGAGACAAUGGAGAUGGUAAGGAUGAGAUUGAGUAA